AUGAGCACGAACCUCGCACAAGCCCUUGGAAUCCGUUCCGUAGCGCCAGCGGUCAUAUUCGCGAUCCUUUACAUCCCUUUGCUCCCAAUGUUCCUGCUUAAGCUUAAGAAAAGAGCCUCCAAGCUCCCCGUCGUCCUGUUGACAUUCUGUGCCAUUCGAGUAGCAGUGUUCAUAAUACGCGCCAUGGUCACCAGUAAUUCCACUAUGGGAAACAACACCGAUCUAUUAGUCGCAGAAGGCGUAUUAGUAUCCAUUGGUUUCUUCGGCCUAUUAUUGGGGGCGUACACACUAGUCGUAGAUCGCUUGAAUAUUUACGAUCCCGCACCUCCUAACCCACUAUCUCUCAUUCGUAACCAGCGUGUGUACCGCCUGAUCGCACUUGUGGCCGUCAUUUUGGGUAUCGUAGCCAAUACGAAAUCGACGAGUCCUGAGGAUGAGGGAACGGGAAAGGCUUUGAAGAUAGUCAGCACUGUUAUAUUCCUGAUGCUCACGUUGCUUCAGACGUUCCAAACGUUUAUGUUGGUGCGAGUGGAGAGGUCUGGAUCUGUCUCUGAAUCUCGUUCGUCAUCAUUCGGCUCGAAACACUUUUCGAGCAUUCUCCUCCUCUCGUGUAUGCUCCUCAUCAGAGAGGUAUUUAACACCGCCACUAUGACCGAUCCUCUGAAAGCAAACAGUGAGAAAUUCUGGUAUCCGUUCGUUGCACUGCCAGAAUUGAUCUGUGCUGGCUUGUAUGCUAUUCCGGGGGUUAUUCCAGACCUGGACGAGGUUAAAGGAACCGCAGCGUUUGCCUAUGUAUAA